AUGGUUAAGGAUCUCGGUCUUGAUUAUGAAAAAAUCGAUGCAUGUCCUAAUGAUUGCAUGCUAAUUAGGAAUGAACAUAAGGCUGAUGAAUAUGGUCAUGUUUGUGGAGCUUCCAGAUAUAUUAAAUAUCCUAAAGCAGAUAGUGAGGUUGAGUGUUCUAAAAAAGCUCAUCGCGUUUCAGCAAAAACUUUGAGACACUUUCCAUUAAUUCCUAAACUCAAAAGGCUAUUCAUGUGCUCAAAGACAGCGGAAACAUUAAGGUGGCAUGACGUGGAGCGUUCUAAAGAUGGAAAGUUAAGGCAUCCUGCUGAUGCCCAAGCAUGGAAAGACUUUGAUAGUUUUCAUCUGAAUUUUGCAAGAGAUUCUCGCAAUUUGAGACUUGGCUUGGCAAGUGAUGGGUUCAAUCCAUUUCGAACCAUGAGAAUAUCUCAUAGCACAUGGCUAGUUAUCUUAAUGGUGUAUAAUUUGCCUCCUUGGAUGUGCAUGAAGCCAGAAUAUUGUAUGCUUUCUUUGCUUAUACCUAGGCCGCGGUCACCUGUAAAUGACAUUGAUAUUUAUUUACAACCAUUAAUAGAAAAGUUAAACGUGUUGUGGGAGUCUGGGGUUGAAACAUAUGAUGCUUCAAGAAAUCAAACCUUUCAAAUGCGAGCAGCUCUUUUGUGGACAAUUAGUGACUUCCCUGCAUAUGCUAUGUUAUCUGGUUGGAGUUCAAAAGGGAAGUUGGCUUGCCCUUAUUGUAAUUAUGGCACUAAUUCUCGCUAUCUUAAACAUAGUCGAAAAAUGUGUUAUAUGGAUCAUCAUGUUUUUCUACCAAUGGAUCAUCCAUGGAGAUCCAACAAAAGGUCUUUCAAUGGGAAAACAGAAUUUAAGCCUCCUCCGCCUUUGUUAAAGGGAACUGAUGUGCUUAAUGACUUACAAAUUAUUAAUAAUGUCUUUGGGAAAAAGAGGAAGAGAACAAAUGAUGGCCCAUGGAAGAAAAAGUCAAUUUUUUUUGAAUUACCUUAUUUGCAGCACAAUUCAUUAUGUCAUAAUCUUGACGUAAUGCAUAUAGAGAAAAAUAUAGUUGAUAACGUAAUUGGAACUCUUUUGGAUAUUCCUGGCAAGACAAAAGAUCAUGUAAAUGCUCGUUAUAAUCUAAAAGAGAUGGGCAUUAGAAAGAACCUUCAACCAAAAGAUACAAAGGAUGGCAAGAGAACAAAGCAUGCAAAAGCGUGCUUCUCAAUGGCUAAUGGAGAGAAAUCAGUUUUUUGUGGUGUUCUAAAGACAACAAAGCUACCUGAUGGUAGUGCUUCCAAUAUAUCUAGGUGUGUGCAACUAGACGAAAGAAAAUUAUCUGGUUAUAAGACGCAUGAUGCCCAUUUCAUGUUACAUUACUUGUUGCCAAUACCAAUUAAAAGCAUCUUUCCUGGUCAUGUUGCUAUUCCUUUGAUUCGUCUAAGCUCCUUCUUCCGCCGUUUAAGUCAAAACGUUAUCACACUAGAAGAUCUAAAUUGUUUGGAGAUAGAUAUUAGAGAAACAUUGAAUCAAUUGGAGCGAUUUUUUCCUCCAACAUUUUUUGAUAUAAUGAUUCAUUUGCCUAUUCAUUUGGCAAAUGAAGUAAGAUUAGGAGGUCUCGUUCAGAAUCGAUGGAUGUAUCCUCCUGAAAGAUAUAUGUGCACGUUAAAAUCAUAUGUUCGCAACAAAAAUCAUCCAGAAGGAUCUAUUGCUGAAGCAUACUUGGUUGAAGAGUGUUUGACUUUGUGCUCUAGAUACUUACAUGGGGGUGUGCAAACCAGAUUUAAUAGAAGACCCCGAAAUAAUGAUGAAUGUGGUUAUGAUACACAAACUUUCAGUUUGUUCCCUAAAAGAUGCUUCCCUUUAGGAGCCAAAAAGAGUGAUCCAAUUGUUUUAGAUGGCAAGUCACUAUGCCAGGCACAUGCAUACGUAUUGAAUAAUUGUGAUGAAGUUCAAGAAUAUAUCAGAGAACAUGAGGUGGAGGUUAAUAAUCAUAGGCGAGGAUCUAGAUGGAGCAAGGCCAAAAAUCAUAGUCAAAACUUCUCUCAAUGGUUUGAAACUCGUGUAUUGCAUGAGGAUGUGUCCGAUCUGAUAAAACAUUUAUCCAUAGGACCAAAUUCAAUUGCCAAAAGAUAUUAUGGUUAUCUCAUUAAUGGAUAUAGAUUCCAUACGAGGCAGCGUGAUGCAAAGCGUAAAACGCAAAAUAGUGGUGUUACAUUAGAUGCCCUAACGACAAGCUUUGCAAGCUCAAAGGAUAAAAAUCUAGUUGAUGAAAAUUUGACUUAUUAUGGCAGAAUAAUUGAUAUAGUUGAGUUAGACUACUAUGGCCAUUUUAAGGUUUUAUUAUUUAAGUGUGACUGGUAUGAGGUUGAAGAGGAUAUUUAUGGCCUUACUUAUGUCUACUUCAAUAAGAAAUACUAUCAGAGAAGAAAAGAGUUCGAGGGCAAACGACAUGUAAGAAUAUUCAUGCAAGAAGUUCUGAAGAAAGAGAGGAGGUGA